AUGAAGAAGCUGAUCAUUGGUCCCUGUAGCAUUAAAGUAAGUGGCCUUGGUAUGGCAAUGGAGGCCAUGGUACUCUCCAUUUUGGAGCCGACAGGUAUUGCUAGGGCCGAUGACAAGCGGCCGGAUGGGUCUUUCAUCCCUUGGAGGAUGGGACGGACUUUGGUAUGGGAUAAUACUUGUGUGGAAACAUUAGCCACAUCUCACUUCCCUCAGACAAGCACUUAA